CCUGACGUCAUAAGGAAGUGGACAGAGGGAAGUUGGGAGUUUCUGUUUGUCCGUUGUUGGACAGUUGCUCAAAAAUAACGGCUAUUCGUUUAUUCAAAGGGAAACUUCUGACACAGCAGAGAGAUGUGCACUUUUGAUAAGGACAAAGGGCCAAGAAGGCUGAUGAAAAAGGGAUUAACUCUCAUCCUGGUCGGCCAUAUUAACUUCAUCCUUGGAGCUAUUGUCCAUGGCAAUGUCCUCCGCCACAUUUCCAAACCCAGCCAGCAUAUCACCACUGAAUAUACUGUAGCCAACAUCAUCUCUGUCACCUCUGGCCUGCUGAGCAUUGCUGCUGGGAUUAUUGCCAUUGUGGUGUCAAGGAACCUGCACGUGUUAAAACUGCAAAUAGGACUUCUAAUUGCAUCAUUCCUAAACGCCCUGCUCUCAGCAGCAUGCUGCACUGGGCUCCUCUUGGCAAUUAGUGUCACUGUUGCCCACAAUGGUGAGGGUUUGAUGCUGGGAUGCAAUGACACAAUGGUGCCUACCAAUGCUCGCUCACCUGUAAGUGCCAGAUGCCCGUUUGAUACAACAAGGAUCUAUUUGAGGUUGGACUGUCUGUCUGGUGCUUCAUCGUUGGAUUGGCUCUCCGAGGACUGGCACCCUGUGGGAAUAGCUACAUCAAAGAGCAGUUGGAGGAAGAAGCUGAGUGCAGUCCCCGCAGUCGACGCCUGAUUGGUCAGCGCUUGAACCCUGAUGCCUAACUGAUCAAAAAGCAGGAAGGACACCACUCCACGUAGACAAGCACAGCUGAAUCCCAAAAGGCAUUGCUACACCUGUAUUGAGACUGGUACAGUUGCACUAUAGUCACCUAGUUGAGUGUCACUGUGGAACAGGAGUGAAAUCAAUUUAAAGAAACUGGUUCUUGCUUUGUGGUAUCUUACAGCCACAUACGUUGAUUCACAGAUGGGUUACCAGGUGGCUCAAUUUGUUGUCCUUUUAUAAACCAAACCGUUUAUCUUGUGUGUGAAGCUGUGAGCAGAAUACAGUUUGGUUGAUGUCAGUGCAUUUGUACCUGAUGACCCCAAUGAAUGGUAAAUUGAUUUACAGUGACACACAAUGACUCACACAAUGUACAUUUCAGUAGGUGCAUUCCAAAGUCCAGAUCCUUUUGUGCAGAUAUUGAGAUUCAGUGUGCAUAUAGAGAGCCGAAGUCACGCCCCUUCCGGUGGACCUCAUGGGACCUUAAUUCGGGAAAAAAUAUGAACGAGAGUCAAUUGAGAGAUGAUAAUUAUUUUUUGUUCCCGUU